UAUUGCAGUUGUAGGCCACUCAGCUGAUGUGAAGCUAACAGGGACAGGAGAGAGAAAAGAGGAGCUGGUGCACAGUCURUUACAACUACAACACUGGAACAAAUAGUGAAUGGUAGUGUCUAGAAAGGGUAUGUCCCUUCAGGAGAGAGGUGCCAAUGUCCAACCGGCCUAAUUCCAAUCCAGGGGGGUCACUGCGCCGUUCACAGAGGAACACUGCUGCGGCCCAGCCACAAGACCACACGGCAGCUGGAAGGUUACAGUCAGAGCAGGUAAAACAUAAAGCAAAUUCCCCACCUGAAAGUAGAAGAUCUAAUUCUAAGGCUCCCAAAGCCACAGCCAUCUCAGCCACUGGCCAGUCCAGAGGGCACAGCUCAAGAAGAAGUGGUCUUACUCURUCCGUCGCUUCGUUUGUGCUGCAAGACGAUCAAGAGGCUGCAGGAACAUCUGAGCAGGAGCGACCAGGCCACCAAUCAAAGAGUGAGGGCACCCGAGGGCUUAAACGAGGYGAAGCACCUGACGAAAUUAGUGUCUUUGGACCGACCUCUGCCAAGAAACCCAAAUCAUCCCUUCCCACACCCAGAAAUAACCCCUCAGAGGCCAAGAAAGGCCCUGCCAAGACCAAGAAAAGACCAGCUGCAUCAGAAUCAUCUACAUCAACAGGUAGAAGUCAGAGCAAAAAAAGUGUGGCCGUUGGGGCCUCUCCACUCCAGAAACGGAAGAAAUCGGACUCUCUCCCCGGUCUAAGUAGCACCGCUGGGCCCCUCCCCAAUUGUACCGAGGGCAGAACUGCAAAAGCCACCAAGCUGGCGUCUAAAUCGGCCGCCUCAGCCAAAGCUGGGUGUAGCAACGUGACAGACUCCUCCUCCUCCGCCUCCUCCUCUUCUUCCUCCACCACAGGCUCCAACAGCGCUGCCACACAGGGCGCUCGCGUCAAACAGGGAAAAGAUCAGACCAAGGCACGCCGCUCUAGAUCCGCUUCUAGCCCCUCUCCACGCCGAAGUACACGAGACAACGAGCAGGCCAAAACUGCCAGCUCUUCAAAAUUUGAGUGGGCAACACGCUUCAACACCAAAGUUAAUUUGCCAAAACCGAAACUUUCCUUACCUGGAUCCUCCAAAACCGAGACCUCUAAACCUGGGCCGUCUGGACUACAAGCUAAACUUGCAAGUUUGAGGAAACCCAAUAAGAAGCCUAGUGAGUCUCCUCCAGCAGAGCUCCCCAGUUGUCGGCGGAGCACACGUCAGAAGACCACGGGCUCUUGUGCCAGCACAAGUCGGCGGGGCUCAGGCCUGGGCAAGCGCGGGGCAGCUGACGCUCGCCGACAGGAGAAAAUGGCUGACUCCGACAACAACCAGGAUGGGGCCAACUCAUCUACUGCUCGCACUGAUGAGGCAUCACAAGGAGCUUCAGCUUCAAGCUCAGUUGCUGGAGCAGUCGGCAUGACCACCUCUGGAGAGAGUGAGUCUGAUGAUUCUGAAAUGGGAAGGCUUCAGGCUUUACUGGAGGCCAGAGGUCUCCCUCCACAUCUUUUUGGACCCCUAGGACCCCGAAUGUCACAACUGUUUCACAGGACCAUCGGCAGUGGAGCUAGCUCUAAGGCUCAGCAGCUGCUGCAGGGACUUCAAGCUACAGGUGAUGAGUCUCAACAGCUCCAAGCUGCAAUAGAGAUGUGUCAGCUGCUGGUGAUGGGCAACGAGGAAACACUUGGUGGAUUUCCUGUCAAGAAUGUUGUGCCCGCUUUGAUUACGCUGUUACAAAUGGAGCAUCACUUUGAAAUUAUGAAUCACGCCUCACGAGCGCUCACUUACAUGAUGGAGGCCCUCCCUCGAUCUUCAGCUGUAGUGGUUGAUGCUAUUCCCGUCUUCCUGGAGAAGCUUCAGGUGAUUCAGUUUAUUGACGUAGCAGAACAGGCCCUGACCGCUUUGGAAAUGUUGUCAAGACGACACAGCAAAGCAAUUUUGCAGGCUGGUGGGCUUGCUGACUGCCUCCUCUACCUGGAGUUUUUUAGCAUCAAUGCUCAGAGAAAUGCCUUGGCCAUUGCAGCCAACUGCUGCCAGAGCAUCACUCCAGACGAGUUCCACUUUGUUGAUGACUCUCUCUCAUUGUUAACUCAGAGACUCACACACCAGGAUAAAAAGUCAGUUGAAAGCACUUGCCUCUGUUUCGCCAGACUGGUAGACAACUUUCAACACGAAGAGAACCUGCUGCAGCAGGUGGCAUCCCGGGACCUGCUGACCAACAUUCAGCAGCUGCUGGUCGUCACGCCACCUGUUCUCAGCUCCGGGAUGUUCAUCAUGGUCGUUCGCAUGCUUUCCCUGAUGUGCUCGAACUGCCCGAGUUUAGCUGUCCAGCUUAUGAAACAGAACAUAGCAGAAACUCUGCGUUUCCUCUUGUGUGGUGCAUCAAAUGGCAGCUGCCAGGAGCAGAUUGAGUUAGUUCCCAGAAGCCCUCAGGAGCUCUAUGAACUGACCUCUCUCAUAUGUGAGCUGAUGCCCUGCCUUCCCAGAGAGGGCAUCUUUGCCGUUGAUGUAAUGUUAAAGAAGGGCAGUUCCCAGACAACAGAGGGUGCAAUCUGGCAGUGGAGGGAUGACCGGGGCCUCUGGCAUCCUUACAAUCGCAUUGACAGUCGCAUUAUUGAGACAGCCCAUCAGAACGGAGAAGAUGAGAUCAGUUUGUCAACUCUGGGUCGUGUCUACACCAUUGACUUCAACUCUAUGCAGCAGAUCAAUGAAGAUACAGGAACAGCACGUGGAAUCCAGAGGAAGCCCAACCCUCUUGCCAACCCCAAUACAGGGAGUCAUCAAGAGGUCCGUCGAGAAGACGCACGAGCCCAGCUGAUGAAGGAAGAUCCUGAGCUGGCUAAGUGCUUCAUUAAAACACUGUUCGGGGUCUUGUAUGAGGUGUACAGCUCAUCAGCUGGCCCUGCUGUCCGACACAAGUGCCUUAGAGCCAUCCUCAGGAUCAUUUACUUUGCUGAUGCGGAGCUGCUGAAGGAUGUGCUGAGGAAUCAUGCUGUGUCCAGUCACAUUGCCUCCAUGCUGUCCAGCCAGGACCUGAAGAUUGUUGUGGGUUCUCUGCAGAUGGCAGAAAUUCUCAUGCAGAAGCUGCCUGAUGUCUUCAGUGUUUAUUUCAGAAGAGAAGGUGUAAUGCACCAGGUGAAGAACCUCGCAGAGUCUGAGAGCUUUCUCGUCACUAGUCCCCCAAAGGCCUGCUCCAGUGGUACAACCAGCCUCUGUACCACAACCAUCAGCAAUUCAUCCACAACUUCUGCUAAUAAUGCAACUCCUGACCUGGGCUCCCCGAGCUUCCAGCACACGAUGGACGACUCACUGGACCUCAGCCCACAGGGGCGGUUAAGUGACGUCCUUAAGCGAAAACGGCUUCCAAAAAGAGGACCCAGAAGACCUAAAUACUCUCCGCCGAGAGAUGAUGAUAAAGCAGACAAUCAGGCCAAAAGCCCUACAAGUACACAGUCACCCAAGUCAUCCUUCUUGGCCAGCCUCAAUCCUAAGACCUGGGGGAAGCUUGGUGCUCAAACCAACAACGCCAACUCUGAGCCGUCACGCACAGCAGGAGUCAGUGGUCUGGCAAGAGUACCCCCCAAGGACUCAAUUUCAAAUAACAGAGACAAAAUUAAAGCCUGGAUCAAAGAACAGGCAAGUAAAUUUGUGGAGCGCUACUUCAACUCUGAAAAUGUGGACGGCAGUAACCCUGCACUGAAUGUACUGCAGAGACUUUGCACAGCGACUGAGCAGCUUAACUUGCAGGUGGAUGGUGGUUUGGAGUGUCUAGUGGAGAUCUCCAUUAUUGUAUCAGAAUCUGACGUGUCGUCUUUUGAGAUCCAGCAUAGUGGGCUGGUGAAGCAGCUGCUGGUCUAUCUUACCUCCAACACAGACAGAGACUUGCUAAGUCGUGACAUGCGGCUCAAGAGGUUCCUCCACGUGUUCACUGGCUGUCCGGUUCCAGGAAUGGAGUCAUUAAGUCGUCUGGAUCCUAUAGAGAAUGCUCCCUAUCUGGCACUUGUGCACAAAAUGAACAGCUGUCUGAGCCAAAUGGAGCAGUUUCCUGUCAAAGUGCACGACUUCCCCAGUGGCAACGGCAAUGGCAGCAGGGGAUCUCAAGCUUUGAAGUUUUUCAACACACAUCAGCUGAAGUGUCAGCUGCAGAGACACCCAGAUUGCACUAAUGUCAAACAGUGGAAAGGUGGCCCUGUGAAGAUCGACCCCCUGGCUCUGGUGCAGGCAAUUGAGAGAUAUCUUGUGGUCAGAGGAUACGGCCGAAUCAGGGAAGAAGAUGAAGACAGUGAUGAUGACGGUUCAGAUGAUGAAAUAGACGAAUCACUGGCAGCGCAGUUCCUGAACUCUGGUAGUGUGCGUCACAGACUACAGUUCUACAUCGGUGACCAUCUGCUGCCGUACAACAUGACAGUUUACCAGGCUGUGCGACAGUACAGUCUGCAGGCGGAGGAGGAAAGAGAGUCGACGGAUGACGAAGCAAAUCCACUCGGAAGAGCUGGAAUUUGGACCAAAACGCACACAAUAUGGUAUAAGCCUGUGAGAGAAGACGAGGAUGGUAGCAAAGACUCUGUGGGCGGGAAGCGAGGCAGAGCCCAGACUGCUCCCACCAAAACCUCCCCACGCAACGCCAAGAAGCAAGACGAGCUGUGGCACGAUGGUGUUUGCCCCAGCGUCCUCAAUCCCUUGGAUGCAUACCUCACUUCAGAGCCACCAGAGACCAUAACGUUUGAUGACCCUUCUUUAGAGGUCACCUUGCUGCUGAGGGUUCUUCAGUCUAUCAGUAGAUACUGGUUCUACUUGUAUGAUAAUUCUGUGUGUAAGGAAGUUAUUCCAACCACUGAGUUCAUUAACAGUAAACUGACUGCCAAAGCAAACCGACAGCUACAAGACCCACUAGUUAUCAUGACAGGAAACAUACCUACCUGGCUUAUUGAGCUCGGAAAGACCUGCCCCUUCUUCUUCCCCUUUGACACCCGGCAGAUGUUGUUCUAUGUAACCGCUUUCGAUCGAGACAGAGCCAUGCAGCGCCUACUGGACACAAACCCUGAGAUCAACCAAUCAGAUUCUCAGGACAGCAGAGUCGCACCUCGUCUCGACAGGAAAAAGAGAACGAUAAACCGCGACGACCUCCUAAAACAGGCAGAGUCAGUAAUGCAGGACCUUGGCAGCUCCAGGGCCAUGCUGGAGAUCCAGUAUGAGAACGAGGUGGGGACAGGUCUUGGUCCCACUCAGGAAUUUUAUGCUCUGGUUUCCCAGGAGCUUCAGAGGGCUGAUCUUGGCCUUUGGAGGGGCGAAGAGGUGACUCUGGCCAACCCUAAAGGAAACCAGGAGGGGAUGAAGUACAUGUUCAGCUCCAGAGGACUGUUUGCUGUUCCCUUUGGCAGAACAACUAAACCAGCACACAUAGCCAAAAUCAAAAUGAAGUUCCGUUUCUUAGGGAAGUUGAUGGCCAAAGCCAUUAUGGACUUUAGAUUGCUGGAUCUACCUUUGGGACUCCCUUUUUAUAAGUGGAUGCUACGGCAUGAGAUGUCUGUAAGCUCUCACGACUUGACCAACAUUGAUCCUGGUGUGGCCAAGUCCAUCCAGCACCUGGAGGAUAUUAUUCGUCAGAAGAAGAGGUUGGAACAGGACCGAUCUCAGACUAGAGAAACCCUGCAGCAGGCCCUGGAGAGCCUGAACAUGAAUGGCUGCUCUGUGGAGGAGCUCGGUUUGGACUUCACUCUUCCAGGAUUCCCAAACAUCGAGUUGAAAAAGGGAGGCAAAGACGUCCCGGUCACCAUCUACAACCUGGAGGAGUAUCUCAGGUUGGUGGUGUACUGGACUUUAAAUGAAGGCGUGUCRAGACAAUUUGAGUCGUUUAGGGAAGGAUUUGAGUCAGUUUUUCCCUUGCAUCACYUACAGUAUUUCUACCCAGAGGAGCUUGACCAGUUGCUGUGUGGCAGUAAAUCUGAGACCUGGGACGUCAAGACGCUGAUGGAGUGCUGUCGACCGGACCAUGGAUACACACAUGACAGCCGUGCCAUUCGUUUCCUGUUCGAGGUCCUGAGCAGCUUCGACGCUGAGCAGCAGAGGCUCUUUCUGCAGUUUGUCACAGGAAGCCCGAGGCUGCCUGUCGGAGGUUUCCGGAGCCUGAACCCCCCUCUGACCAUUGUGAGAAAAACAUUCGAGUCGACGGAGAACCCGGACGACUUCCUCCCAUCAGUCAUGACCUGCGUCAACUACCUGAAGCUGCCUGACUACUCCAGCAUAGAGAUCAUGAGAGAGAAACUCUUGAUUGCUGCUCGCGAGGGCCAGCAGUCUUUCCACCUUUCCUGAUCUCRCCACAUCUCACAUUUAAAUGCCUUCUACAGCGACUGAUGAAAUCAUGACUUCCUUAGUUUUUUUUUGUUUGUUUUUUUUUGUUUUUUUGUAAUCACACACGUUGAGGCUAUGGGGUAUAGCCUUCUUGUUAGAGAAGCAGCUUGCAGAAAAGUUAAGACUUUAAAUAUAUAUUUGCUGCCCCUGUCUCUCCAAAAAAAAGGAAAAAAAAUCUAAAAAAAAAUUAAAAUACAAAAAUGGAAAGUUGUUCCAUGACUCARAAGUUAAAAUAUWAAAAAAAAACAGAGUAAAACCUAUAUCAGUAGUUGAGUAAUGUUAAAAAGAUGAAUACAUCUGGGUGACAUUUUAAAUUGCAUUGCUAUGUGAUAUUUAAAAAAUAAAAUAAAAGGGAUGUCUCCUCUCCAGAGCGGUGGACAGCUUACUGGGUGUUGGGGAGGAACGGGGGAGGGGGGUGUUCAUUGAGCAAGCUAGGUUUACUUUAGCUCCAAAGAUCAUUUGUACAGACAAAUUUGCAGACUUUUGCUCAUUCUACACAUUUGAUAGAAUAGUUCUUUGUUUUCUCGUCUCCUCUCGGUUCUUCAGUCGGACGUUUUCUGUAUUCUAUUGGCCCCCGGUUUGUGUGUCGCAUUUCGGUUCAGCUUCCUCCCCCCACCCCACCUCGUGUGUCUCUUUGCUUCCACUUGUGAAAAAAACGACAGUUGCAGUUGGCUGAAUGCGGGUAGUGAGAAGAUCGUAUUAUCUUUUUAUUUCUUUGAGCUCUACCCAUGUUUGGACUGUGUUCUGGCCAUCCUUUAUUACAAAACGAGCUUUCAGCUUAACUGAAGAUUUGUAACUGAUGUGUUGGUUUAUUUUAUUUUUUCUCUUUGAUGGAGUUGGCAUCUUUCUGUUUGGCCCGACGGAAUCUGUGGGGUUCUUGUUUUGGCAGACCAAGCUCUGAGCAAACCCCCACUCCCACCCCUUCAACACAUAAUGUAGCUGGGCACAAAACAUUUGGCUGGUCUCAUUUUAUCGUUUCACGGCCAGGCAACAUUUCAAGUUCAUUUAUAGAAUAAAGUAUAUAUGCAGUUUCACACCCUGUCUGAGGUGGGAAUGUCUGCGUUACAGUUUUUUUUUAAUUUUCUAUAUUGUCUUUAUUUCUUGCUGUAGUUGAUUGUUUUUCUUUGCACUGCUGGCUUGGAACAAACCGUGGUGUGCACUUGCAGUCUGUGGCCAGGGGAGGGCGCCACUGUAUGCUUUCCUGGCCCAAUCGUUCAUGUGCUGGUUUCUAAGAUCUGCAAUAAUUUACUGCAUCAGGUUCUUGUUUUUACCUGAACAUAAAUAAAGUAACUGUUUGACUCAUA